AGGAGGAGGAGGAGGAGGAGGAGGAAAAGAGGAGGAGGAGGAGGAGGGAGAGGAGGCGCUGCCGGCCCCGCGCUCCGGGCGCGCUCCGAGCGGGACGGGCCCGAGCGGCGCUGCCCCGGCCGGGGGUGCCAGCACCAGCGCUGCCACCAGCGGUGCCACCAGCGGUGCCAGCCUCGCGGGGACGCCGGCGGCGAUGGCGGCGGGGCUGUGGCGGCGCGGGGCGCUCUGGGCCGCGCUGCUGCUGCUGGCGGCGGCGCAGGAGCCGUGGCGGCAGCUGAUCCAGUGGGAGAACAACGGGCGGCUCUACAGCCUGCUCAACAGCGGCGCCGAGUUCGUGCCCGCUGGGCAGGAGCGGCCCGCGGGCAGCCGCCUGUGGCUGGCGGGCACGGCGGGCACGGCGGGCAGCGUCCGCCGCCAGGCCCCCGCCUCGGGGACGGUGCGGGGACAAGCGCGACAUCCCUUCGGGUUCGGCCAGGUGCCGCCCAACUGGCGGGACGGCGCGCUGGGCGACGGCGCGGGGGGACAGCGGCGACAAGCGGCGCGCGGGCGGCAGGCCGGGGCCGCGGCCUCGGGGGUGGCCGUGUCGUCGUUCGCCUUCGCCUCGGCGGGACAGCCGCCCUUUGUCGCCGCGGGGGUGGCGGGACAGCCGCCCUUUGUCGCCGCGGGGGUGGCACCGCACGGCGGGGAGCGCCCCGAGGGUGUCCCCGCGUCGCGGAGCGCGGUGGCGGCGGGGACGGGGAUGGGGACAGGGAUGGGGACAGGGAUAGGGACGGGGAUGGGGACACCUAUGGGGACAGGAAUGGGCGCCCCGAUGGGGACAGGGAUAGGGACAGGAAUGGCGUCCCCGAUGGGGACAGGGACCGGGGUGGCGUACCCGCUCCAGCCCCGCGCGCUUCCCGAGGAUUUCGGGGAGGAGCCGCAGCCCUUCGGGGCCGCGGGAGUGCCGCUGGACCGCCGCUACUCCCACAGCCUGUACCACGACGGCGAUGCCGAGGCGCAGACCGGGAUGGGAUCCGUGGAAAAUCUGGGAUUUGGGGCGCAGUUCCCGCCCCACGAGGCGCAGCCGCCGUUCCGGGCGCCCGAAUCCUUUGGGGUCGCUCAUCCCGAGCCCUUCAUUCCCGAAAUUCCUCAGGCGGUGCCCGACAGCCAAGCCCGGCUCAGCGUGGGCAGCGUCUACAGGCCCAGCUUUGGGGCCAGAGGUCUCCCGGACCUGGUGCCGGACCCCAACUACGUGCAGGCCUCCACGUACGUGCAGAGAGCGCACCUGUACUCGCUGCGCUGCGCCGCCGAGGAGCGCUGCCUCGCCAGCACGGCGUACGCGGCCGAGGCCACCGACUACGACGUGCGGGUGCUGCUGCGCUUCCCGCAGCGCGUCAAGAACCAGGGCACGGCCGACUUCCUGCCCAGCCAGCCCCGCCACCGCUGGCAGUGGCACAGCUGCCACCAGCACUACCACAGCAUGGCGGAGUUCAGUCACUACGACCUGCUGGAUGUCACCUCGGGCCGCCGGGUGGCCGAGGGACACAAGGCCAGCUUCUGCCUGGAGGACACCACCUGCGACUUCGGCCACCUCAAGCGCUACGCCUGCACCGCCCACACGCAGGGGCUCAGCCCAGGCUGUUACGACACCUACAACGCCGACAUCGACUGCCAGUGGAUCGACAUCACCGACGUCCCGCCCGGCAACUACAUCCUCAAGGUCCAGGUCAAUCCCAAAUAUUUGGUGCUGGAGUCGGAUUUCACCAACAACGUCGUGCGCUGCCACAUCCACUACACCGGGCGCUUCGUGUCCGCCUCCAACUGCCGCAUCGCCCAAUCCUGAUGGCAGCCGAACCCCAGGAACGUGGCUCGUCCCCUUUCCCGGGAAGUUCCCGAGGUGGCUCCGCUGCGUUCCCAAAAUUCCCCCUUUUCCCAAUAAAAAGCGGGGAAGCCA